AUGUCGUGGGAGGAGCCCGGCAGCCCGCAGCUGAGCCUCAGCGGCUUCAGCUCCCUCCCCUCCAUCUCCAGCACUGCCCAUCCGCCUGCCCGCCUGCCCUCCCUCUCCCUCAGCAUCGGCAACGGUAGUGCCGACGGAGAGGAUCAGCAGCUGGGCGUCAGCAGCGACGACGGCCACAAGAGCAUUCGGGCGAUGAAGAACAGGGAGUCGGCGCUGCGGUCCAGGGCCAGGAAGAGGGCCUACACGCAGGAGCUCGAGAAGGAGGUCCGCCGGCUCGUCGAGGACAACCUCAAACUCAAGAGACAGUGCAAACAGCUUCAGUCGGAGAUCGCUGCACUCAGCGCCCAGCAGGCAAGCAACAAGCAGAGCAGCCCACACCGGAGAACUUCGUCCACUCAGUUCUAG